UUUACAAAAAUUUUAUUGAGGCUAUUAUAGCUAAAUACUUGAAGUGAUGCCAUGUGAGUUCUGAGUUACCACGCAACAGACGAUAAUUCGUCACUAGUUACUCAUCACUCUUUAGUUGGCGUGUUUUCAUUUUGAAGGUCGAACCAGAAGAGCUUUCACGAUCAUACUCCCCUAGAUAAUCGUGAUAAUUGUUUCAGUAUUAGUUUUGCACCGACUGACAGAAAUGGCAUCGCCAUCAGACAACUCGAGCCUGUCUACCAGCAAUGAACAGGAAAAUGAAGAAUCCCAGACAAGAUCAAAUGAUAUAGAUGAUGAGCAAGCAGUUUUAGAUAAAUUAAGUGAUAUUAAUCAAAGAAUUGCUUGGAAUAAAUUGCAUGUGGCAAUUGGUUAUUUAAUAUACAAAGUUAAUGCUGUUAAUAUUGGGAUUGUGAAAAAAGAAUUAUUACAACAAAAUAUGAUAAGAGGUAAWGAAAUGUUUUGUACCUUUAUUAUCCAAGCACAACAAUCUUCAAUCACUGAUACACGUGUUUACGCAUCUUUAGUUGCUACCAUCAAUCCUGUACUUCCGGAAGUAGGAGACUUAAUCUUGAAAAGAUGUAUUAUGCAAUUCAGUAGUGCUUAUUUCAAAAAUGAAACAUCAGAUUGUUUAGCAUCUGUUAUGUUCAUUGGACAUUUGAUUAACCUUAGAGUUGCUAGUAGAAGAUUGGCAAUACAAUUAUUAUGGGUUUUCAUUGAAAAACAGGAUAUAUUAUCUGCAAAAGCAGCUCUUCUAAUUUUGGAAUUAUGUGGUUAA